AUACAUCAGUACGUCUUUAGCACGGGUAGCGCUAUACAGUCAGCGAGCAGAGAAGCCCGUUUAGUAUUCCGAGCACAGGGGAAGAGAGGGAGGGAGGGGAGAGUGAAAUACAAAGACAAAAACAGGGUGAGAAGACAGAAAACACAUUCCAAGACAAGAAAAUAGGAAAGGAUGAGAGGGGAGCGGAGAGAUACCAUAUUGUUCAUUUCUCCCUCUCAGUCUAUCCCUCCGCCUUAUUCUUCCAUCCCAGGUGAUGUUGGAGCCAUUUAUAAGACAUUCUAUGAAUCUAGGUUGGAGGAAAACCAGGAAAACUACUGCAUUCCAUUGAAUCGGCUUGGAACUACAUUGCCCAGAGCUGAACCGUGCUCUAAAUGCUGUUAGAGCUAUCCCUAUCUCUGUGACAGAAGAAGAAGAACACAAACUAGUAUAAGGUUAUGAAUUUGUUGGAAGCAUAACCAAGUGUUGUUCAGCUGUAUCUUGGUGGAGAAGACAUUUCAAACACGACAGGGACUCCUAGGCUUUACAAACCACUCUAACACAGGAAAAGACAAAGGGGUGGGUUUGGCUCACACAUUUAUGGGCGUGUCAGUCAUGGAGGGUCUCUGCUAGACUCCGCCUAAGUAGACAGCACCUGACAGGGCUCCUCCCCUUAUUCCUGGAUUGGUCCAAUCUCCACCGGCCCCACCCAUUUCUCCAGACCAUUCAAGGAACGUGGCCGGAUCGAACCUCUUCUCACCCAGGUGCCGUCCGUUUGGUGAGGGCGGCGAGGGCUGUGCUGUGAUUGGUUGACUGCGGGUGGGAGUGCAAUGCGGAUUGGAGGAUGUCGGGGGACUGGGAUGAAGACCACCUGUGUAAGAAGGCACUCACUCUGGUGGAGGAGUUGUGCUUACACUCCUCAGCGAAGGACAGCCAUGAAGCCAGCUGCCGAGACUUUGUCUACAUGAUGAGGGGACAGCAGCACGAAACAGAGAUCUCUGUCAGCCUGUUGUCGGUGAUCGUGACGUUCUGCGGGAUCGUCCUUCUCUCAGUCUCUCUCUUUGUCUCCUGGAAGCUCUGUUGGUUGCCAUGGCGAGACAAGGAGGGUGGGGGCCUGAGCUUGACAUCGGGGCUGAUGCCCGGGGGUGGGGGUGUGGGUGGGAUGGGCGGCAGCGGGGGGGCCUCCCUCCUACCUCCUGUCAUGCAGAGGAAGGCGUCCCACUCCUCACUCUACCCCUCCCUGGCCCAGUCCCAGCAGCAUCACCCCCACUUCUCUGACCUGGUGGGGGUGGAGAGUGGCCAGGGGGUGGGGGGUGUGGUGGGAGGCCCGGAGCAGACCCAGGAACACUCCUACCUGGACAUGGACUCCUACCCCAACAACGCUGGGAAUCUUAAAUUGAGCCAGACGUCUCCAGAGUUGCCCCCCACCACUGAGGGGGGAGCCGCCCCACCCCACAAAGACAUGCCCAAUGCCCACUCCCAGCAGCAGGUCACUGCACGGCCCAAGCCCAUGACUCACCAGUUGUCCAGCCCUGAUGUCCAUGGUGAGGAGAAGAGCGAGCAGGUGACCAGCAUUGGCCAAAUCAAACCGGAACUCUACAGACUGCGUGGGGGCGACCAGGGGGAAGGGAAAGCAGGGGACAAUUGUGGCAAGAUCAGCUUCCUCCUGCGCUACGCCUUCAAUACAGAGCAGCUAGUGGUGAAGAUCCUGAAGGCUGUAGACCUGGCUGCCAAGGACGCCAACGGCUUCUCAGACCCCUACGUCAAGAUCUACCUUCUGCCAGACAGGAAGAAGAAGUUCCAGACCAAGGUCCACAGAAAGACCCUAAACCCUAUCUUCAACGAGACGUUCCAGUUCGGUGUCCCCCUGGCAGAGCUGCACUCCCGGAAGCUACACUUCUCUGUCUACGACUUUGACCGCUUCUCCAGACACGACCUGAUUGGCCAGGUGGUUGUGGACAACCUUCUGGACUUCAGCGAGGGCACAGGGGAAAAGCCUGUCUGGAGGGACAUAGUGGAGGGCACAGCGGAGAAGGCUGACCUCGGGGAGCUGAACUUCUCUCUGUGUUACCUGCCCACGGCAGGUCGGCUCACCGCCACUGUCAUCAAGGCCACCAACCUCAAAGCCAUGGACCUCACCGGCUUCUCAGACCCAUACGUGAAGGCUUCUCUGAUAUGUGACGGCCGCAGACUAAAGAAGAGGAAGACCUCCAUUAAGAAGAAUACGUUGAACCCCACCUACAACGAGGCUCUAGUCUUUGACAUCCCUCAUGAGGACAUCGACAGGGUGUCCAUCAUCAUCGCUGUCAUGGACUAUGACUGUAUUGGUCAUAAUGAGGUCAUAGGAAUGUGUCGUGUGGGCAGUGACGCUGAGGGUCCUGGGAGGGAGCACUGGACUGCCAUGUUGGCCAACCCCCGCAAGCCCAUAGACCACUGGCACCAGCUCGUCGAGGAAAAACUUGUGGCCUCAUUUGUGUCAAAGAGUCCCGCAGCCUCUCCCAAGCCUCACAUCGUGGUGGACAGUCCUCACUCUGAGUAGAACUGUUAUUAUCAUCUUUCCAGUUCCAGACUUUCCUUUCUUUCUGCUCAUCUGUGAAUAAUUCUCUCCAUCAAACAAAGAGAGACAAGGAGACACAUCGACUGCUGUUCUACUGCUACUGCUGAAUAUUCCAGCUCCUGUCCUGUCGCAACGAAGCACAGGAAAACAGAAUCUACAUUCUAUACAAGCAACACUUAGAACGCUGACACACACACACACACACACACACACACACACACACACACACACACACACACACACACACACACACACACACACACACACACACACACACACACA